AAUAAGUAAGUAAGUAAAUAACUAAUAAUACACAAGUAGAGUAAUAACUACUCAAAUCUUUAAAAAGUAAAGAAAAUAAUUAUUAAAAAUAUUUUAUUUAAGAAGCAGCGAUAAAAAAUAAAAAUAUCAAAGCACUCGAACUUGUUCAAAUACUUUUUAUUAGAAAAUACUUUCAUUUAUAGCAUAAUUCAUACUCUUUAUAUUAUAAUUAUGAUGAAAAAUUUAAACAUUUUAACUAUAACAACAUUAUUUCUUUUCAAGUAUGUUUUUGCGAGAACUUUGGAUACUACUUUCCUUUGCAACCCGAAUUAGUAUUGGGAUGGCUUUUAAUGCAUUAAUUGUUAACAAGGUUGUUCAUGUAGUACAACUAAAAUUCAAGAUACUUGUGAUGGAUGCAUUACUGGAUAUUAAGUCUAUAAUCCAAAAAAUAUAACUUUCCCUGCAGGUUAAACAGUUUGUCUGAACUGUGCUCCUGAAUGUGGAACUAAGUGUUGUUUUAACACGCAAAGUUAAGUUUAAGUCUGCUAAAACUGCCCAACUUCAUAUUAUCUAAAUAAUAACUGGUUUUGCUCUUAGUGUCUUGACCCUAAUUGCUUAACAUGUAAUAAUAAUGGAGUUUGUAGUACUUGCUUAUAGGGAUAUUUUCUCAACCAGAUAGGUAUAUGCCAGCCUUGCACUGGUUCUAACUGCCUCACAUGCGGGAGCAGCGGAAGUUGCACUACUUGCUAGAAUGGUUUUUAUCCUGAUUCAACUUCAGGAUCGUGUUUGCCUUGUAAUAGUUAUGGAAGCUUGUCCCAAAAUUGUGCGUCUUGCUAGACAUCUAAUCCAGCAAAGUGCUCAAUAUGUUUGCCUUUUUACUAUGCUGAUGGGUAGGGUAGAUGCAGGCAAGUAGCGUUUUGUGAUAAUAUUCAACCUGUUGGAGAGGUUUGUCUUUCCUGUGCUGAUGGAUACUAUCAAGAUACUAAUGGGAAAUGUAAGAUGUGUCCUUAAUUUGGUGUAGCUAGAUGUUCUUCAGCAACUACGAUCAUUUAAUGUACAAAUGACAAAGCGUUAACUUUUGAUAAAUCUUAAUGCGUUUAUAAAAUAAGCCACUGUACUGCAUAUCUGAAUACUGGGCUUUGUAAAACAUGUGAUACUUCCUUCCCCUUUAACAGCAAAGGAACUUGUAUAUAAACUUGCCAAUUGGCUAUUCCUAAUUGCUAAACAUGUGUGAAUGGUUCUGAUACAGUUGCAGUAACAUGCACCUUAUGUAAUGCAGGAUAUUUUAUUGGUCCAGGUGGUACAUCAUGUAUUUCAUGUGGUGACUUAAAUCAUGGUGGUAUGCAAGGUUGUUAAACAUGUGUUGGUACUCCUUUUUCAUGUAGUCUUUGCCUCCCUGGAUAUUUUUUAGAUACAGGUAAUAUUUGCAAAGGUUGUACUCCAGAUCUAAAAGGAACUGGGUGCCAAACAUGUUAAUCUGCAUCAACAUGUUAGACAUGUCUAACAAAUACGUUCGGAACAGGAGGAACUUGUAAUCUUUGUGAUGCUAGUUGCGGUUAAUGCACAGAUUUAGGCUAUAUGAAUUGCAAGACUAGUUGCUCUUCUAAUAUGUAUUACUUAGAUAAUAGUACAAUUUGCAGACAAUGUAACUACAAUAUGCCUGGUUGUUAUUAAUGUUCUAAUAAAUCAACAUGCACUUAAUGUCAUAAUAGUUACUACUUAAGUACUGAUCCUGCUUUAUAAGGUAAGCAAAAUUAAUGUUAAUUGUUCUAAGGAUGCAAAGUAAAAAACCAAGGAAUUUCUUGCUAACUUUGCUCUGCUGGAUAUAAAAUGACUUACUAAGGUUGUUAAUUAUGUCUAACAAUCGAUUGUACUAAAGGAUGCACAGAUAACCCAACUGUUGUUGUGAUUAAAUAUGCAAAAUAUUUAAUUUAUUAAAUUUUGAUAUCUUUAUUUAUAUUUUUUUUGGUCUGA